CUUUUGCACAUUUCGUCUGUCUGUUCGUCGGCGUCGUCGUCGUCGGUUUCCGUAGUCCUGGUGUGUUCGUAGAGGUUCGUCAUCGAUGCAGUUCGCUGUUGCACUCCGGUCAGCUUUGUAUCACAAACUGGCAGUUAGUUGACUCGCGACGGCAUCCGAACUCGGACUCUUCUCAUCGGCUUCUGCCCGUUUGGAGGUUGUGACUUUGAGCUGAACGGCGGCGAUACGGUGUGUUCCUCUUUCCCUGCUAUCUGAACUUAAUCCUUCGUGACGUGCGCACACAAACUCGCUAAAACAAGCAAAGCGGCUAGUCGCGUUGACUUUCUAGCGUUGAUCUGCGCGGCACGUGUCGUGUCCUGCCGCCGACGGCAGCUCUAUUUCUAGUUUCGACGUUUCGCGUAUUCACCGCCGACGAGUUCGGCUGAAGCUCGUGCAACAUUGUGUGAGGUGUUUGUUGUUGAUUUUCAUGCUUUUUUCGCGAAUUCGCGUCCGACCGAGAUUCGUGGCCAGUUAUUCGCGCGUGUUUGUGAUGUGAUAAAAAAAGGAAAAAAGAAACAAAAAACCUUGUGUGCGGUAUCAGUUCAGUGAAUUCAUUUAUAUAAACAGAAGAACCCAAAAGAGAAAAAAGAGGUGUCGCGGCUCUGAAACAACAUCAGAUAAAGUUGUGAAGAUAAAACCAAUUCCGGGCGCAUAGUUUUGUGAAAUCGGUGAAAUUGACAACCGGUAGUCUAAACUGACCAGCUGAAGUGAGGAGAGAGAAAAUAUAGCAGUGUGUGUGAAGAACGUCAUGAUUGCCAAAGUUCGGGCUGAUUAAAAUUCAAUCAAAUCGAAACCAAGCCGAAGAAAGCGAAGAAGGAAAUUACUUUGUGUGUAAGCUUGAAGAAUACAUUGCUGCCGCCAAAACGACGCGUUCUGAUCAGCUGGCUGGUGAAUACAAAUCGUGUUUGUUGACUAUUUGAAAGGCAAAGUGUGGGAUCGUGGAGUUGAAAAAGAUCCUUGCUUACGCUACGCCGGGUUGAAUUUUACGAAUCUCUCAUUCUUGUAAAAGUGUGUUAAACGAUUUACAAAUAUCUCAAAAUAUGUUAAUAUUAGCUUCAAUCCGUGCCAUAUCCCGCCUGUUGUCCACGUCCGGGUUGUUUUCAUCGCGGUUGUAAGGAAAGUGGUGCGUUGCGAUGUUUUCUGAGCACGUCGUCUCUGUGCUGUGUAUUUUGUGUAUUGUCUCGUCUGACCAUCCGAUAUCGACCGAACUGCCGCACUAGUUAGCAGGGCGGUGUACUCGAUAAUCCGACCUCACCGGAGAUAGCGAAGCACUGACGCGCCCCACACAGACGAUUGUGACCCGGUCAACAUUCGUGGAAUUGAUCUGUUUUGUCUGGUAGGAGGAUUCUUUAGAGAGCGUAGAGCGCGUAACUGUUUUGGGUAGCUUGGGCAAGUUUGCCGCAUGGUUUCGCAAGAUACCUGGAUGGAGACGAUGUCAGAAUCGGGAUACGAAGGCCGGCCGGACGGGGCCAGCGGUGCAUCCAGCAGUAACUCGCUGAACCCGCGGACGCCCCCAAACUGUGCCCGCUGCCGAAACCACGGGCUCAAGAUUGGCCUGAAGGGACACAAGCGUUACUGCAAGUAUCGCAGCUGCAACUGCGAGAAAUGCUGCCUGACGGCCGAACGGCAGCGGGUCAUGGCCCUGCAGACGGCCCUGCGGCGGGCCCAAACUCAGGACGAGCAACGAGCCCUCAACGAUGGCGAAGUGGCCCCCGAACCGGUACAUAACAUUCACAUACCCAAGCUAUCCGAACUGAAAGAGAUGAAACAUAAUUUGAUGCAUAAUUCUCAGCAGCAACGCUCGUUGAUCGACUGCGAUUCGUCGACCGGAUCGAUGAACUCCACACCGGGCACCUCGUCCAUGGCACUACCACUACAUCGAAGAUCACCGACGGGUCCGGUACAUCCCGGCGAGGCGCAACAUCUUGGAGCCAAUCAUGCCAGCGUAUCUCCCGAACCCGCCAACCUGUUACCAGUCCCUCCAAACAUCAGAGUACAUCACGGUCCAGAUUCUCGAUCAGACGAUGAACUGGUGAAACGAUCUCAGUAUCUGCUGGAGAAGCUCAACUACCCGUGGGAGAUGAUGCCCCUGAUGUACGUGAUACUGAAGGGUGCCGACGGGGACGUCCAAACGGCGCACCGGCGGAUCGACGAAGCUCAGGCUGUUGUUCUGCUUCAUAGCAGAAUCGGUCGGGAUGACAUCGACGACGAGAACAUCUCGGUGACGGGCCGUACCAACUCGACGUCCCUGUCGCGGUGUAGCUCCACGUACCGGUCGCGGUCCCGCUCGCCACCCCAUCCCGACGAGGAAGGCGUGCUCAAUCUGGACACCAAGUCGGCGAAAAAUGCAGCAUCCGACGAUUCGUCGGCGUUCAACGACGUCAAGCCAAAGCAGCCAAGCGAACACCAGUCCCGGCUGGAGGAGACGUACCAGAGCAGUGUCGAUCAGCACCACAGUGCCAAGUCCAAGAGUAAAAAGCAUAGCGUUGCUGACGAUGCUGAACCAGUGUCGCAAGUGGCACCUCACGAAACGAACGGCUUCGAGAAGGGUUUGAAGCUGUUCAACAAUACCAAAGCCAGCAGACGAAGCACGCACAAAGAUGACUCCGUGAACGAAUCUUUCGCAGCCCGUGACAAACCAUUAUCCUUAUUUCCGAGGCAUCUGCAUCUAGCGGAAAAUCUAGAGCUGCUCAAAACCCCGCUGUCCUUGCCAUCGGCGGCAAACUUCCCACUUCCGUUCACAAUUCCGCUCACCAACAUGGAAGCGAUCCGGUCAUAUCCGCAGUUUUUCUAUCCCUAUCAAACGCACUCCGGUAGUGAUCCACCCCAUCCGCUGAUCUCCAGUCCCUUCAUGAACUACCCGCACCAUCCGCUGCUCUUCCCCGACGGCUACCGAAAGGAACUACCCAAGUUCCCGUGCCCCACGUCUCCGUCCAGAACGUCUUCUCCGCCGAAGGUGGGCGCCCAGCCUUUUUCGGGAUCGCGGGUUGAACCCGUACUGCAGCCUAACCAACCGUCCGUGGCACCGAUUCAUUAACUGCACAAUUGCUGAGGACCUAUGAGGCGAGAGUUUGAGUUUCGAGUGAAAGGGCAGUUACACGAUUGGUGAUCAACCUCGACGGACUUUUCUUCCUAUAGGAGGAAACACCGCUUUGGAAAAGUGCUGGCGAAGAUGCCGCUAGGUCAUCCAAAUCCAGCAUCAAUUUUAUGGUUUUGCUGCUUCCGGUAAACCUCUCGAGUCCACGAGACUUUUUUCAAAAAUGCAAAUCACCAAAAUCAGUGAAGCUGCAAACACUCAAUUAUGAACUAUGUACAAAAGUUACACUUAAACUGUAAAAAAAUAUUAACACACACGCGCACAUCCGAACUUUGGUUUGGGUUGCUUUCUGCAUGUGAUAUUGUUUCGAAUUUCGAAUCCACCGGACCAGCACACACGCUUAUGAAUGGCAAAGGAGUGAGCAGCAGCACCCGCAAGAGUGUUAAUUAAAUUUUGUACAAUGAUUGGCACUAGGAUAUGUUGUGUUGGCAUUAGAUUGAACUGUGAUAUUGCGCGCUGUCCACGGAAGAAAUGAGAUAAGCCUAAGAGUGAUUUUUUGUUUUGCUUGGUGAAGUUGGUCCAACAACGCUGGUUCAAAACCCGUACAAAUUAAGAAAGAAAGAACACAACAUCAGUCACUGUGAUCGUUGCUGGUAGAUUGACGAGAAGACCCACUGAAAAGAUAGUAAAGAAAGGUGUUAAUUUAUUGCGUUACGUACCUAACAUGGUUUUCAUCAUCCUAUUAUGUUUUAAUCUUCAAACUAUACUAUAUAACCUACUAGUUUGUUUUAUAAAGUUUCAUUGGAAGAUAGACUACCUUUUAAUUUGUUUUGUUCUUCUUGGUUUUAUUUAAGUUUUCAUAUCACCGGUGUUCACAUGUUAAAAACAUUGAAAGUCUUUUGAUUCAGUUUUCGGAGGCUGGCAGUGGUCGCUUUCUUUUAACAAUCAAUUUGUAAUUUAAUGUACAGUCAUAAAACACAGAAGAAACUACGGUAGCAUGUAAUCUAGGAUCAACGUUAACAAUAGGUAAAUUGUAAUUUUUUUUCAAAUAUGACCAGAAUAAACUGUUGUUCUGUAAUUAGAAAGAUGACAGUAGAUGAAACGUUUUAAGAUAAACUCCCUGUUUUGAGCUCGCUUGAAAACGAACGAAAAAUGUCUCCCAUGGAUGAUGUUUUUAGCAAUUGAAAUGUGAUAUUCAUGUUGUAACUUUUUGUUGUUCUUGAACCUGCUGACAUUUGGCUUUCAAAAAGACCUCAAAAUUAUUCCAGAAAGUUCCACUCACUACCGAGUAGCAAAAUUACGAGUUUAACUCAUCGUGCAAAUCGUGAUAUUUGAUCUCCUCGUUUUGGUUUUGAACAAAUUAGGGUUUUCUUUUGCCAAAAAUACAUAUUUAAUCAAAUGUUUUCAUUCUAAAACACGAGUAAAAAGAAGCAACUCACUGUAACACCCUCCCCCACGCAACGUUCACGAACAAAUGCAAUUACAAAUCCACGUAAAGAUUUUGUAAUACCGGCAGCUGGAAUGAAGGCAGGCAUUUUUUUUCGUAAUUUCACAAUUGCUCAGGAAUUGAACACCAAAACAUCAAAACUUUCAUGGCUGUAAUUAAUUAAAAUGAGGGUAGUAAAUUAAAUUUAUACAAAUCUUCAAUUGAAUUUCGUCAACGUUGUGAUAUCUGACUCAUGUUCAACCAAGUAGAAUUUGGAUUGCGAUAAGGUGACAAAUUUAUUCAAUUAAUUUUCGUUAUGUGAUAGCCAAGCUGAUAAUGUUCUGAUAUCCCUUCAAUCUCUCUGACGGUGUCACAGUCAUUGCGUGUCUGUAAAACUGUAAAUAAAAGCUCCGGUUUGCUCCGUCACUUCUUCACCCCUACCCCAUCAUCCUAGCUACGUUUUGUCUUAAAACUAAUGGUAAUGAUCAAAAAUUCGCAACACCACCAAAUCUCGAUGGUUUUGUGAAAAAAAAAAUAGAUUUAUUGUAAAAUUAAACGAAUAAUGGUGCAAAUCACAAAUACAGGAAAGAAGCCGAGUAAACUCACACACGGAGAAAACAGAAGUGAAAUAAACCAAGUUUAUAAUUGAUCACAAAUUCACAGAAAAUAGUUUUCUUUCAUUUCAAGCAUAUUUACGUACAAGUGUCGCUAAGAUAUUUAAAACCCAGAACGAACGUCCUGAGUUCCUAGACAAGUCUCUUUUUUCUAGUUGGUAGGAUUUUAAUUUCUUGUCUUUAAAUCGCUAAGGAACCUAAGAACGAUAACAUGAAAACAAAAAGGCGGAAUAACAGAGACGAAGAUGUUUCCGGUGGGAAAUAUGCAGAAGAUUGCAAACAAAAGUGAUUGUUUAGUGAUGUAAAACAGCCCAAAAGUGUAAAUUCAGAUUGAGGGGUCAGAAAUAAAUUAUUGAAAUCGAG